AUGGGUCGGUUCCUGCUCCAACUUCCUUGGUCCAACUUAUUUUCCAGCCUGCAGUCGUGCGAGGAGAAACUUAAGUUGUUUACGGAACUUAUCAAUCUCGGAUUGGACAUUAUUAUGCCUAAACUGUCAGUGAAAGUCCAUGAGACAGAUCGACCUUGGUUAACUGCUCAACUAAAGGGUCUUACUACUCGCCGCCAAAAGGCCCUUGCGUCAAAUAAUGAGUCCCUUUAUAAUAUCCUAAGAAAUAAAGUAAACCGGGAACGUAGGCGAUCCCGUAGUGCUUAUUACGAGUCUAAAGUUUAG